AUGAUUACGGGUGAUGGUAAUAAAAUCCGGGUCGAUGCCGGAUCGAAUACGGGUGCUGGCAAUAAAACCUGGUCCAGCGCCGGCGCGAAUAAGAGUGCUUACGAUAAAUCCGGGCCGAUGCCGGCGCGAAUACGACUUGUUGGCGCAAAAAUCCGGGACGAUGUUGGCGUGACGAUUACGAGCCGGCGCCGGAACUUUUUUCACAUCCAUCUCCGUUUUGCUGCUGUGGACCGUCAACAAGCCGGCAUCGAUGCCGGCAUUCGGCCAGCAUUUUACCGGAAAAUUUUGCUAUCUGGAUGGGUCUUGAAAUCCGCUCUGAACUUCUUAAGUGGUGAAGUUGUUAGAGAAGGAGGUUUUCUAGCAUUGUGUAGGACCCCAGCUGAUGAAUAUUCAAUGUUAUCAAAUUGGUUGCUAGCAAUAUCAAAGUGUAUAAAAGUCCAUCAAUUUGAUGAAUUCAUUGAAUCUGCCGAAAAGGCACUGGAGUUGAGUGUGGAAAUAAAAAAUAUUUGUAAAGCCAUUGUCCCUGAAGUUUCAUUUGAUGAAAAAAUCAACAUAAUUAACAAAAACAUUGAGGAAUUGGAGGAAAGCCAAUGCAGGUUCAACCAAUGUGAGGACCAAGGUGAGGUGGAAGUUGACUCAGCCAGAGGGCAACUGAAGGAAGCAGUGAUCAUCUUUUUUGAUGAAUUGUUGAAAUUUUUCCCCGAUGUCGGUCUUACCAAGAUGAUAAUUAAUAAUGAUCUGGAAGCUAAUGAUGAUGAUGAAGAAGAAGAUAGUAAUAAUAAUAAUAAUAACAAUAGUGAUAAUAAUAACAAUAAUAAUAAUAGAAAUUCAUCAUCAUCAUUAUCACCAACAACUAAGAAGAUAAGGUCACAGCAAGAAAGAGGUGAUGAUUUUUAUGAUGAUGACGAUGAUAUUGAUGGUUUUCGAAAUCAGAUCCUGAAUGCGCGAAGGAAACGCAGAAGAAGGUGGACAGAGGAUGAAGAGAUUGAAUUUGUUGAGGUAGUUGGCAGGCAUGGUGUUGGAAAGGCUCUACUAGGAAUCAGAGAAAUCAACAACACGCCACACAUCGUAUACGAAUACGUGCUAAACGACGCAUCGCACGAGAUGGGCUGUGUGUUCGAACCAGGUCACGCACUGUGA